CAGCAUACAAUGCAGGUCCGCGAUGACAUUUGAAUGACGUCAAAGCGCGCGAAAACAUAAAACUGUCAUUAUUAGAUUUUAAUUUAAAAAAAGAACACGCACGUUUGAAAGUGACAAUUAAAAGAUCCAGUGUCGAUAAAAAAAAAUUUUAAACGUGGUUUGUGUCGAGUGUUUUUUUAUUUAGUGUGAUAGUGUUAUGUUUUUUUAAAAAAAUGAAAGACUUGGUUCAAAUUUGGAACAGAGUUACGGGAAGGCAAUAUGCGUCAGUUAACUCGAAUGAGAAGGAAUUAAAGGACCUGACGAAUAAUCGGUUAAAUAAAGCUGAUAUCGAUACGUCGGCGUUUGAAAUUAAUAUAUCCGAAUGUGAAGGAUUAAGUAACAAAUUUAACGAUGAUCUGGAUUUCAAUGAACGUAAAGAUGAAAUUAUAAAUCGGUUAUUUAAAAGAAGAAGGAGUGGACAUAAAGGUCGGCAACCAAAACGUUUAUUUCUAUUGUUCCUGCUUGGUUUCGUGGCGUUGGGGGUGGGACUCUUCAUCAUAUUCCUUCACCCUUAUAAUGCCAUAUUCAAUUGGAAAGUCGUGCUGUCCGACGGUGGCGAGAUCUUCGAAAUGUGGAGAAAUCCGGAGGUGAAGCUGUAUACUAAGGUGUAUCUUUUCAACAUCACGAAUGCUGACGACUACAUGUCUGGCAAAGAUGACAAGAUCAAGGUCAAGGAAGUUGGACCAUACGUCUAUCGUGAGGCUCUGGAACACAGCGAAGUCAAUUUCAACGACAACGGCACACUCUCUACCAUUCCUCGUCACCCUCUGAUAUGGGAGGAAGAACUCUCAGAGGGCAACAAAGAGGAUGAUAUGCUUUACCUACCUCAUAUUGCUUUAUUGUCCAUCGCAAACGUGGUGUCUCAACAGAACUUCAUGACACGUUUCGGUCUGAACAACCUUAUCAGGAUGACGAACAGUCAGCCGCUAGCAAAGAUGACAGCCAAAGAAUUCAUGAUGGGUUACAAGUCUGAAUUGAUGAGUCUCGGCAACACUUUCCUGCCAGGGUGGAUUUACUUCGACAAAUUGGGUUUGAUCGAUCGGAUGUACGAUUUUGAUGGAGACUAUGAGACCAUUUUCACGGGUGAGAAUGAUAUCUCUUUGUCUGGUCUGAUCGAUACCUACAGAGGUUCCACUGACCUCCCCCAAUGGGAUGGCAAACAUUGUUCCAAUGUUCAGUACGCUUCUGAUGGUACCAAGUUCAAAGGAGCUGUUGCUAGGAACGAAACUAUAUUGUUCUACAGAAAGAGUCUCUGUCGGUCCGCGCCUUUGAUUCCAGCUGAAGAAGGAACGAAGCACGGAUUUAAGGCAUACAAGUACGUGUUUCCAGAACAUAUGCUGGAUAAUGGUAAAAAUAUUGAAGAGAACAAGUGCUUCUGUAGACAUGGUAAAUGUCUCCCAGAAGGGUUAAUCGACGUCACCGAUUGCUAUUACGGAUUUCCCAUCGCACUAUCCUACCCCCACUUCUAUAAGGGUGAAGAUAUCCUUUUCAGCAAGGUGGAGGGGCUGACUCCUAAUAAGGAACAGCAUGAGACGAGAUUCUGGAUUCAACCCGACUCAGGAUUACCUUUAGACAUCACUUCUAAAUUCCAAAUCAAUAUGGCCCUCGGUGACAUAUCUCUUAUUGAAAAUACAGCCAGAUUUUCCAACAUGCAUCUUCCUUUACUGUGGUUUGAUAUUACAAUGUCGUCGCUCCCGUCUUCAAUGGAACAGAAAUUCAAAUUCUACCUAAAUAUUUUUCCUCUAGUAGAACAAGUCUUAAUGUACCUCAGCUUCGUCGCUGGGACAAUAUUAAUCCUCGUGACAACAUACAUCCUAACAUUCGAAAUAAUGUUCAAAUCGUUCGGCGAAAAGAAACAUAGCAACAUAAAUAUUCGUAGAAAUAUUUGGAUGAACAGAGACAAAAAAUCCAAAGGCAAAGCGAAUGAGAAAGAUGGCAUAUAUGUACCGUGUGAUAUACCACUGUCAGAUACAGAUUCAGAUCUGAAAUUCGAAGAAGCAAGACCGACGUUUAUAAAGAGCCAAAGCGACAGAAUCAAAGAAUUCGGUCACAAACUAAGUGAUAGAGUUUACGAUUCCGUUGAAAACGUCAGAGGUAUGUUCGACGAUCUGACGCAUGUUCGAAGCGAUAGAAAGAACUCGUUGAUACCUCCCGAGGAAUCACAGGAGGGUAAUAAUGAAGCUUACAAAAGCGAUUCAGGGGAAAGUGACAAAGAAUAUGAUAAAUACCGAGAGAUCAAGCAGACGGAUAGCGAUGACGAUUCUAAGUACCUUGAAGUCGUCGAUGAUGGUAGCGAAUUCGAUGAAUCAUAUAACGGAGACAGAAGGAAACACAGCAAUAAAAACGAAUUGUACAUUCAUAUAAAUUGAAAGGUAAUACUUACCAUCAUGGUUUAACCAACUCAUUGAAAUCAGUAACUAUUUAGACUGGUUUAAGUGCCAAGGAUUAUUUUAAUGAUUGUGUUAUAUUAUUAUUAAACUUCUUGCCUCGAAACGGAUAUAGACUUGAAAUUAAAAAGAAAAAUGUUAAGUUUUUGAAAGCCUUCAAUCAAGUCUGCCUCCCGAUAUGAUUAAUAUUUAAGAACUCCUAGAAGAAGUCCUCCCGACAGUGAAAACGGCCUCGUGUGUACCGAGAGUGUAUUCUGCCGAGGUUACUUCAUAUUAUUUAUUUCUUUAAUUAAGUUUUUUUUUAAUGCAAUAUACAAAACCAGCGAUUUUAUAUUUGAUAACUUUUUACCAUUAUAUCUUAGAAUAUACAUUCAUGAAAUUAAUUCUGUUAAUAAAUAUUUCUGUUUAUAAAGUUUGACGUUUGAAAUUUUACGUUAAGGUAAGUUUAAAUUAAUCAACGAUUUUUACAUCAGUGACUGUGUUAAACAGAUUUACGAUUAUUUUUGAAAUAUAUUAAGGAUCAGAUAUUUCUUGUUGUAAACUUUUGAUUUAUCUGCAUUUGAAGAAUAAAAUUGCUUGUAGUAAACCGUUUACAUUUCGAAAUUAAAAACAUGUCUAAUUUUAUCUUAUUCUAUAUUUAAUGGUUAAUUGUAAGUCAUAAUUAAGUACAAUUAUUGAAUAAAUAAUUUUAAAACAUAUUCAAUAUGGUAAGUUCUAUCGGAAAAUGCUCAAAAAAAUAUACGCUUUUUUUGUGUUAGAUGUAAUAAUUGAAUAAUAAAUAAUUUUAUUUACAAUUCCAAUGUUCCACAAACUGUAAUGUGAUAUGGUUUUGAAAUAGAACACCUUUUCAAAUAUUUAUUUGAAACUUACCUGCAAUAAACAUAGUUCAAAAACUUACCUUACGAAUUAUAAACGUUACCUUAAAAGAGAAUCGAGAUUUUUAGAAUA